CACGCACUUCCGGUUUCUGCACGUUGCCUCUUCCUCACCACCAGCAAGCGUCUGCUGAGCUGUAAAACAGAAAAUUAUCAUCAUGCCGAAAGCCAAGAAGUCAUCGAAGAGAAAGAAGUUUGAUUACACUCAAGACCGGAAGAAGAUGAAGAAACAGUUCAUGAAGAAAUACAAACCGAGGAUAGAAAAUUCACAGAUCCGAAAUGCGUGGGACGACAAGAAGUCCACGGCCAGGAACCUGCAGGAGAUGGGUCUGGCUUUCGAUCCAAACCGCACGCUGCCAAUAAAGAAAGCGCGGCUCCUCGGUGAAGAGAGGGAGACCAAAGCAUCUGUCGGCACCGUGACCAAGCCCUACGUUCUCAAUCAGCUGGAGGAGGAGGCCAGCCGUCCAGAGAAAGACUCGAAGACGCUAUCCUCCGACCUGAUCGAGUACGCUCAGUACAUGAUCCGAGAACACAACGACAACUUCAAGGCGAUGGCCAGGGAUGAGAAGAACUAUUACCAAGACACACCCAAACAGAUCAAGAGGAAAAUAAACGAGUAUAAGCGCUGCCACCCGGAGCACUAUAAUGCCUUCAUCAACUCACUAGCUGCUCCACAGCCGACGGUCCAGUAGAGGGAUUGUCCACCAGUUUCUGGACUUUAUAUGAUUCUCUGUAUCAGGAUCUCAUUCUGGAAAGACUGUCAGCAGUGCAAACAGGACAGAAGUCCAGUGUGAGGACAGCAGAUCCACCACCAAUAAUCGUAAUAACCAACAGUGACAGGAAGUGGAGAUGUCCUGGAGCGCUGAGAGACGAGCACUACUUCUGUGUCUUGUUAAGGAACUCUCUGCUAGUUUCCUUCCUGUCAAGAUUUCCUGUUUUUAUUUUUCCUCAUUUUGUUUGUUGUUGUUGUUGUUGAUCUCAUCUGUGUAUCCUGUGUUCUGACUAUCAAACGUGAUUAACUGAGAUGUAUUUUUAAUGUAUCAUUUAAAUACCUUGAAGCUCA